AUGAAGCAGGAGGUGCGGCCAGGAGGAAAAGAUCCAAAGCCUGAUGUAAAGAUGUUCUGGUGCUUCCUCCGUGGGGCUGAGGUGGAUCCAGAGGGCCAAUCAUGGCUGGAAGCUCAGAGUGAAGGUCCUGGCGCCAGCCCGCACCUGGGGUCCUCAGCCCAAGUCCUGGCAGCAGGAGCCCUUGGAGCAGCCGCAGUUAUUCCCAGACCUGAAGCUAGGGGCCUCCCACCAAGGCAGACCCUCAGCCCAACCCAGCCCAGCCAGACCAGUCUACCCCAGAGGGUGACCCGGCCGGGCCUCCUGCCUCCAGACUGGCUCCAGGAGAAGCCCAGGAAGAAGAGCAGCCUUCUCAAGGAGCCGGGCGCCUUCCAUGUGGUCAUCGCUCUGCUGCUCUUGCCCCUUGGGGGUUACCUGGUCUCUGCAGUUAAGAGCCUUCACCUGGUGGUGCUGAACUCUUGGUAUCCAUUCUAGGGGGCUGCCUCGUUCCUUGUCUCAGGGAUCUCGGCGAUAACAAUGGAUUCGUUUUCUAAACCACAUCUGAAGGCAUUGUGUCUGACUACAAACGUCAUCAGCUUCCUCUGCGCGCUGGGCCUCUUCGUCACGGCCGAGGACCUCUUUCUGGAGAGUCUGGUUGAGUUCCUGAGCUGGAAACCGUACCCCACCGGCAUAGUCCACAACCAGAGGCUGGAGCUGGCCUUGCUGGGGGCCGCGGCCGUCAUAGCUGGUGGGAAUGAGCGCCUGUCUGCAGAGGAACUCCCUUCCUGGAGUGACAAGCCCUCAAGAGAUGGGGACACAAGGCAACAGAGGGCUCAGAGAGGGGAGUCGGCAGGCAGCAGCCUCAGUUUCCCCAACUUCCUGGGGACCUCGAGACUUCAACAAAAUGAUGAUUUGUCCCUUGUUCCCAACACACCGUUGGAGCUCAGAGGGCCGUGGGUGAGGCCUCCACCAUCCCACGAGGACGUGACUCGAGGCGGCACAUGGGGAGCAAAAGCAGCACCGCUCAGAGAAGUUAAGCAAGUUGCCAAGGGCACACAGCUAGUAAGUGGCAGAGCUGGGAUGUGGAGCCAGACAAUCUGGCUCCAAACCAAAGUGCUGCCUCCUGACGACGCCCAAAUGUGGCUGUAG